AAUCGUAAAAAGUGUUUGGAAAAUAUAAAAAAAGAACCCUUUCGACCGGAUUGUUGGAAACGUUUUCUUUUUUUUUCAUUUUCUGCUGUUGCUGCCGCCUUGCACCUUGCACCUCAAGACCGCCGCACCGCACCGCCCAACCACCCACCCACCCAUCCCUACUCUUCUGGCUAAAUAAAUUUUACGACGCAAAAACAAAACACACAAACACACACACAUCGCACAGCUAAAGAAGACACCCAGGCGUCAGCUGAUCUGCUAUCGACGCGCGUUAUCGAUCAACCCACCCACCUAUAUGCCAAUCGAUAGCGGCCCUCACAGACAGAAAAAGAAGAAGAAACAAGAGCGAUCCAAUAAAAAGGCACUGCUAGCCGCCAUUUAAGCGGACGGAAAGAUGUCUGUGAGACUGUUGACCGUGCGACUGAUCAAACAUGGUCGCUAUAUUUUGCGCAGCUACUGUAAACGUGAAAUACACUCCAACAUUUUGGAACAAAACCAAUUAAAGACAAGAAGCAAGCGAGGCUUUCCUCUACCCUCCACUGCUGCCAAUGUAACUAGGGCAGCACCCCAGCAGCCGGCAGCGGCGGCAGCCAGGUCGGCACCCAGCUCUGCGGCCCCUCUUUUGUCACGCUCGGCCGCCCAACUAGGCAGCAACAACAGUGGCAUCUUUCGGGUUGGCCAGCAUGCCCGAAAACUGUUCAUCGACAACAUCCUAAGCCGGGUGACCACCACAUACUCGGAGGAUUUGCGCCAGCGCGCCACACGCAAGCUCUUCUUCGGCGACUCGGCUCCUUUCUUCGCCCUAAUCGGUGUCAGCUUGGCCUCCGGUGCCGGUGUUCUCAGCAAGGAGGAUGAACUGGAGGGCGUAUGCUGGGAGAUACGCGAGGCGGCCGGGCGCCUGCAGAGCGCCUGGAACCAGGACGAGGUCUCCGAGACCCUGGACAGUAAAUUCACCAUAGAUGACCUGGAGGUGGGCCCACCCAUUGCCAAGGGAUGUGCGGCGGUUGUAUAUGCAGCUAAUUUCAAGAAGGAUAAUGCCAGCGGCGACGAUGUCGAUCCACUCCAGCCGGCCAGUGCUGUGCCAGCCAUGGCACCCAACAACUGGAAUGCCCACGAGAUGAUGUCACCCCUCCAGAACAUGUCCCGCUUUGUGCACAACUUUGGGGGCUCCGUGGAUAAUAUAUUCCAUUAUAGCCAGCCCUCGGCGGCCAGUGAUUUUGUGGGUGCCCUCGAGCAGGAUAACCAGGACAUUCACACGGAGAACAGUGCCUUAAAUGCGAAUCCCCGGCAGGACAUGAAACUUAACAGCUCAGUGGAUCGGUAUCCGCUGGCCCUGAAAAUGAUGUUCAACUAUGACAUCCAGAGCAAUGCCCUGUCCAUUUUGCGGGCCAUGUACAAGGAGACGGUGCCGGCGCGUCAGCGUCGCAUGAAUCCCGCUGCCGAGGAGUGGGAGCGUCUGCUGCAGAACCAGACCCUAGUCCUGCCCCCGCACCCGAACAUCGUCUGCAUGUUUGGCUUCUUCUGUGACGAGGUGCGCAACUUCCCGGACGGCCAUCUGCUCUAUCCGGUGGCCCAGCCGCAGCGCAUCAAUCCCCAGGGCUACGGCCGCAAUAUGUCGCUCUAUCUGCUGAUGAAGCGCUACGACGACAGCCUGCGCGGCAUGCUGGACAGGAAUCAGGAGCUCAGCACACGCACACGCAUCCUGCUUCUGGCCCAAAUGCUGGAGGCGGUCACCCAUUUGAGCCGGCACGGUGUGGCGCAUCGGGACCUCAAGUCCGACAACGUGCUGAUCGAAAUGCUGGACGACGCUUCACCCGUCCUGGUGCUCUCGGACUUUGGCUGCUGUCUAGCCGACAAGGUGCACGGCCUGCGACUGCCGUACGUGUCCCACGACAUCGACAAGGGCGGAAAUGCGGCUUUAAUGGCGCCGGAGAUCUUUAACACGCUGCCCGGGCCGUUUGCGGUGCUGAACUACGGCAAGGCCGAUCUGUGGGCGUGCGGGGCACUGGCCUAUGAGAUAUUCGGAAUGCGGAACCCCUUCUAUUCGAGCAGCGGCGGCUUGGCCCGGGAGCGCGGCGAGCUCACCUACUCGCUGAAGAACAGCGACUACAAGCAGGAGCAGUUGCCGCCGAUGAGCGAGGCCUGCCCGCCGCUGCUCCAGCAGCUCGUCUACAACAUCCUCAAUCCCAACCCGUCGAAGCGGGUCAGUCCGGACAUUGCGGCCAAUGUGGUCCAGCUGUUUCUCUGGGCUCCGUCCAAUUGGCUUAAGGCGGGCGGUAUGCCCAGUAGUUCUGAGAUUCUUCAGUGGUUGCUCUCGCUAACCACCAAGAUCAUGUGCGAGGGACGUCCUCAGAUGGGCGCCGGCGGUUUCGGGACUCCGAUUGGUGGCGGACGACGCGCCUACGUGGAGUACCUACUUAUUUGCAGCUUUUUGGCCCGCGCCCGGUUGCGCCGUAUUCGCGGUGCCCUCAACUGGAUUCAGAACGUGGUGGCGUAGGCGUUUGGCGGGGAAUCGGCGGGUACGGCGCACAGCGAGGGCGUUCUUCUUGCCCAUCACCCAAUCUACUUGUUACUCUGAGAGAAAAUCAAAUGAAAAAGCGUGUGAUACCUAUAUUUUACAUAUGUAUUUAUAAAAGAACUCAAAAUUAACCGCA